AUUCUUAAAAAAUAUAUAACCUAAAAAUGGCCGUAUUUAUGUGGUAUUUCUAAUUAGUGUUGUAAAUAUAAAAGUAUCAAUAAAAAUGAGUGUCUUAAUAAGGCACUACAAACCUGGUGGCAUUUACAACACGAAAAUAUGGCGCUUCGCUUCAACCACAGCCGAAUCAACGAAACAAACCAACGGGGAAGAUGAGGAAGAAUUUCGUGUUCUCGAUAUUUUGAAGAAGAAAGAUAGAUUUCAGAGGAAAGUAGCCCGUAAAACUGAGGUUCCACCAGACAGGACCGACAAAAUGCGUACGGAUCAGAGUUGGGGCAACGUAUGGCCUGGACCAAGAUCAUUCCAACCGUCAUCUGUACCUUUACCCAUCAGACAAGGCUACGUACCAAAAGGACAAGCGCCACCUGGCAAAAAAGCGAAUGCGGAGCUGAUGAAAAUACCUAAUUUCUUACAUUUAACUCCGCCUGUCAUUAAAACUCAAUGCGAGGCAAUAAAAAAGUUUUGUACCGAAUGGCCGAAAUUACUCAACUCUGAGGAAGCAAUAGAGAAACAUUAUCCUUUAGAAGUCAUCACAUCGGAUUAUUGUCAUGCAAGUCCAACUAUUCGGAAUCCACUGUCACGUGUUGUUAUAUUAAGAAUUAAAUUGUCCGAUUUGAAACUGGAUACACAUGCUCGUGAUAAGUUUCUACGUUUAAUUGAUGACAGAUACAAUCAAGAGACAGAUCUGGUCACGAUAACGGCAGACCGCUGUCCGGUGAGACAGCAGAAUUUGGAUUACGUCAACUAUUUAUUGACUGCGUGUUACCAUGAAUCAUGGGGCUACGAAGACUGGGAAGGUGAGAAGACCUUAGAGGAUAUGGAAUACUAUGAUUUUGAUUUGAAUCAAUCGAAGAAGAACCUUAUAAAUUGGCAUUUGCAGUGUAAUAACGAACGACAAACUUUAAGUGACAAUGAUUACAAAUCAUUUGAUGUCUCAUCAAUACCGAAUGCAACAGAAUACAAAGAUGCAGUGUGUUCAUUGUUUAACGAUGCAGAAAGUGAGCACACUUUGAAAAAGUACGAUGCCUCCGUUAGGAAGCUGCUGGGGUUGCCAGAGAAAAAAAUUCUAACAUAAUUUUAAUAUUUAAGUAAAGAAUAAAAAAAAUGUAGUUCGUA